UUAGCACUCUCCACCAUGAAGGGGACACUUCUUCUGCUGGUUUUGCUGGUGACUGGAGAGCUGGGCUUCCAGACAACAGAAGCCUGCUUACCUUUCUUCGGUGUCUAUUUGGGUGUUGUCUCUGGAUACAGGUUUUGGUUACAUAAGGAACUUGCUGCAUUUCAUACUACUGUUGAGGCAAAAAAAAAAAAAAAAAAAAAAAAGGUUUUUGAAAAAAUCCAGGACUGCUAUGAGGAGGCAGGACUAAAAGCUAAAACUCAAGAUAUGAAAUUUAUGGCAGCUAUACUCUUCAGCCCAGAAUUCAAGUCAUACUAUACCAAAGAAGUCUUGAUGAACAUUCUGGUUAAGUUUUCUAAGAAAUUAACCCAUUAGAAGUUAAUGGGUUAUAGGCAACCCAUCUUUGCAAUGUGUCUGAUCUGAGUGCCAUCUUACUGAUCUGUCGUCUUUCCUUCCUUAAGUUGGAUUUCUGACACCUGUGCUUUCAUCCUUUAGUCUCUUAGGCUGACUCUAAAUGCCUGCAGCUCUGUUCAGUG